AUGUCGGCCGAUUUCUGGGCUGGCUACAUCAGCGGUGCGAUCGGGAUCCUGGUCGGGAAUCCUCUUGACCUCAUCAAGGUUCGACUACAGGCCAGCAGCGAUACAGCCAGCUCGAGGCCGGCCACAUCAUAUGUGCGCCACUUCCAGAACAGGACAUCUUUGAUCACUGGCACAGCUGCGCCUGUUCUUGGCUACGGCGCCUUGAAUGCACUAUUGUUUGUGUCAUACAACCGUACCAACGAGAUAUUCAAUUCAUGGCUGCACACGAGCUCAAGCUUGUGGGCUACGUGGGCGGCUGGUGCUGUGGGCGGGCUCGCGACCUGGGUGGUGAGCACACCCACUGAACUCAUCAAAUGCCGCGCCCAGGUUGCCUCAACCCCUUCCUCCAGCUGGGACAUCACCAAACAAGUAUGGCGAUCAGACGGUCUGCGGGGCCUCUAUUUUGGAGGCGGCGUGACGGCCCUGCGAGACAGCGUCGGGUACGGCUUCUACUUCUGGUCUUAUGAGCUGAGCAGUAGCUGGUUCGGCAACGGUACAGCAGAUGGCGCGACACGCUGGACGCAGGAUGCAGUCAAGGUGCUGCUUUGCGGCGGCCUGGCCGGUGUUGUGACCUGGGUCAGCGUGUUUCCAUUGGAUGUUAUCAAGACUCGCGUGCAGACACAGGUCGCGCAACCUGCUAUGGCACCGCUCUUGGGCGGACCGGCGUCUACUUGCGCCCGGCUUGGGGCCGUUGAUAUUGCACGACAGGCAUAUGCAGAGGCUGGCUGGCGGGUCUUUUUCCGUGGGCUGACUGUUUGUAGUGUCCGAGCCUUCGUCGUCAAUGCCGUACAAUGGGCUGUAUACGAAUGGGUCAUGGUUGAGCUCGGGCAGGCGAAGCACAAGCCAGAGGAAGCUCCUUCCGAUGCGUAA